CCUGAGAGAAUUAUACCUACCAAAUAAUCGGAUGGACCCCAAGUGUUUGAUAUAUAUGGCCGAAGGAUUGAAACAUAAUCAGUCUUUAGAAGUGCUUGAUAUGAGUAAAAAUCCAAUUGGAGGACCAUCAAUUGAGGGGGUUAUCGCCCUGAGAGAUGCACUAUCACACAACAACACGUUAAGGGGCUUAUUUUUAUCGGACACGCAGUUGGGCACUGAAGGUGCGAUUGCCAUCGCUGAAUAUCUUCCAGAAACAAAAUCAUUGGUUCAUUUGGAUUUGACUUCAAAUUCGGAAAUUGAUAUUGCUGGUAUUAUGGCGCUGGCGGUGUCGAUUAAAAUGAACCAUAGCAUUCGUAUAUUGGAUGUUAAUGUUCGACCAAACGAUGCUGAAGCGGCACAAUUUUCAAGGGACAUUCUUCAGGCAUGCGUUAGGAAUACUGAAUUGUCUCAUAAAGAAGAUCGAGAGAGUUCAAAUGGCUCUAGUUUACCCGAUAAUCAUCAACCCACAGAAAUACCUCAUCAUUUGGAUGAUAUAAAAAAGGAGAUGAGUUUGGCUGAGGAGAGCCUCAAAGUUUUUGGGGCAAUGUUAUCCAAUGAAGAACCAAAUAUCGAUAAAGUUGAAAACAAUGAAAUUAUUGAGCAACUGCGUAGUCAAUGUCAGGAUCUCCAAUCCAAAAUAAGGGUACACAUUGCAUCGAUUGCAGACGAGAAGUUGCUUGAGGAUCUCCUGGCGUUGAACGAUAAUAUUUCGUUGGCGUUGCAAAAACACGCAAAUAUAUAUAUCAACCAGUUAUCACCGUCUAGCUCAGAACCAGAAUCCACGCAAUUUGAACAAAAUGACCUGUCUUCAACCACCGAGCCAGUUACCGCCUCAGAUGGUACUAACGAUUUAACGCUUUUGGAGCCAGAACAAAAACUGCCAAUUACAAAUCCACAACAACCUGAACCCUUUUCAGAAUUUUUGCCCACUUUUUCGAUAGGAGAUUCUGAUGAGGAGAUUGAGAGUGUAUCGGAUACUCUGUAUUCGGAAGGAAAAAACGUCGUUUCGCAGUUGCAAUUACCCGAUGAUGUUUUCGAGUCACAAGAUCGUCGGAGUUCGAUGGAGGAGAUGAAUAAGCUAUUGGUGUUGGAAGAGGGUGAGGUUUUGAAGAAAUCAAAAUCGAUUCGUGAUGAACAAGAUAACGCGAAAA